AUGAUGCAAAGCUCCGCGCUCGCUGCUGAAGGGGCUGUCAAGGGGCUUCCCGAGAUCCUCGGUGUGCCGGUGCAACAGAUCCCCCAGUGCGCCGGCUGCAACCAGCACAUCCUGGACAAGUUCAUCCUCAAGGUCCUGGACCGGCACUGGCACAGCUCCUGCCUCAAGUGUGCCGACUGCCAGAUGCAGCUGGCCGACCGCUGCUUCUCCCGGGCCGGCAGCGUCUAUUGCAAAGAGGACUUCUUCAAGCGCUUCGGGACCAAAUGCACGGCCUGCCAGCAGGGCAUCCCCCCCACCCAGGUGGUCCGCAAAGCCCAGGACUUUGUCUACCACCUCCACUGCUUCGCCUGCAUCAUCUGCAGCCGGCAGCUGGCCACCGGCGAUGAGUUCUACCUGAUGGAGGAUGGGCGGCUGGUCUGCAAGGAGGACUACGAGACUGCCAAGCAGAAUGAUGACUCUGAGGCGGGCGCUAAGCGGCCCAGGACCACCAUCACGGCCAAGCAGCUGGAGACACUGAAGAACGCCUACAAAAACUCCCCCAAGCCCGCACGGCAUGUGCGGGAGCAGCUUUCAUCUGAGACGGGGCUUGACAUGAGGGUGGUGCAGGUGUGGUUUCAGAACCGCCGGGCCAAGGAGAAGCGAUUGAAGAAGGACGCGGGGCGGCAUCGCUGGGGGCAGUUCUACAAGAGUGUCAAGCGGAGCCGUGGGGCUGGCAAGCUGGAGAAGGAGAGCUCAGCCGAGGACUGCGGCGUCAGCGACAGCGAGCUCAGCUUCCGUGAAGACCAGAUCCUCUCCGAGCUCGGCCACACCAACCGCGUAUAUGGCACCGUGGGGGACGUGGCAGGAGGACAGUUGCUGAACGGCAGCUUCCCCAUGGAGGGGACAGGACAGUCGUACCAGGACUUGCGGGACGGCAGUCCCUACGGCCUCCCCCAGUCGCCGUCCUCCAUCUCCUCCCUGCCGUCCCACCCGCCCUUGCUCAACGGACUGGACUACGCCAUGGACGGCAGCCUGGGGCUGGUGGCCCACGGGGCGCAGGGGGUGAGUCAGACGCUCCGGGCCAUGGCCGGGGGGGGCCCCACCUCCGACAUCUCCACGGAGAGCAGCGUCGGGUACCCAGACUUUCCCACCAGCCCAGCCUCCUGGCUGGACGACAUGGAUCACCCCCCCUUCUAA